UGCUUAGAAAUCCAUAACGACUUUUUCUUCAGUUGCACUCUGGUGUUUAUCGCUCAUCAUUCAAAAUAUAACCGUCUUUCCAUGUGUUUGGCUUAGAACGCGCGCGUUACGAUCGCUUGUACCGGCUUUUUAUCAUAACUUUUAUCCCAAUGUUUUACUUUGGUAUUAUUUUAACAUAAACUUACUUAAUUUUACACAUCCUGUUUAUAAACGACUGCUAUUCUGAAGAUGGAGCCGUCUAAAGAUGCUAUCAGUGUGCGCGUUACGCGAUUAAACAAUCAACUUCUCAAUAAACAAAAGGAUCAUACUGCUUCCUUCACAAGAGAAGGUUUGUUCGACGCAUUGCAAGUAUUAUACGAUGAGUGCAACACCGAGAGUUUGAAAAACAACGACAAGAACAUCAGUUCCUUCGUCGACCAGUAUCGAAAGAAAUUACUGCAACUGAAGAAAGUGCGUGUUAACUUGACUGAUUUUGAUGUUAAUAAUGUAAUAGGCAGAGGACACUUUGGAGAAGUGCAUGUAGUGAAGGAAAGGCAAACUGGUGAUGUCUAUGCUAUGAAAACAGUCAGAAAAUAUGAAAAUUCAGAGCAGAAAUGUGCUUCAUUUGCUGAGGAAAGAAAUAUUAUGGUUGAGGCAAAUUCUCCAUGGAUCACAAGGCUACAAUAUGCUUUUCAAGAUGCCAAUAAUCUGUAUUACAUAAUGGAGUAUCAUCCAGGUGGUGAUUUAGUAGGAUUACUUUAUAGGCAAGGAGGGACAAUACCUGAAACUGCAGCAACUUUUUAUCUUGCUGAGCUUAUUUUAGCUAUUAAUGAUGUGCAUAGCUUGGGAUAUGUCCAUAGGGAUAUAAAACCAGACAAUGUAUUGUUAGAUAGAUGUGGCCAUCUGAAACUUGCAGAUUUUGGUUCUGCUGCUAAAUUAAACUCUAAAGGUUUUGUAUCAGGUGGUAUUCCAGUAGGAACUCCAGAUUAUAUUGCACCUGAAGCUUUGCAAUCAUUUGAUAAUAAAGCAAGCAAGAAUAAUGGCCAAUAUGGUAAAGAAUGUGAUUAUUGGUCAUUGGGAGUUCUUGCUUUUGAACUUACUAUUGGUUCAACACCAUUUACAGGCCAAAGCACAUCAGCAACCUACUCCAAAAUCAUUAAUCAUACAAAAACACUUAAAUUUCCAUCUGAUCUCAUUGUAUCUCAGGCUUACAUCAACUUAAUUAAGUCACUUCUGACUGAAAAAAGCACCCGCUUGGGUUACGAUAAAAUAAUUAAACAUGUAUUAUUUAAAAACGUUGACUUUAAUAAUAUGCGCGAACAAGUGCCGCCGUUUGUGCCGAAAAUUUCAUCUGAAGAUGACACUAGCAACUUUUCGGAUGUACAAAAGAAGCGGAAGGAGCCAAAUAUUGAAAAUUUUAAAGCCAAGACACAGUUUAGUGGCAAGAAUCUCCCGUUUAUUGGUUUCACAUACACAACUGAACCAUCUGAAUCGAAGGAAACGUAUCGCAGCAGUAUUUUAGUCAAUGACGACCAAGUUGAAAAGAUGAGGGCUGAGAUUGAAGAGUUGUAUAAGAAGUUAGUGAAAAGUGAAGCUGCUACACAAGAUAAGGAGGGUUUGGAAAGGAAACUGGAGGAAAAGAUUAGGAAGUUGGAAAGUAUUGAAUGUGUUAGAGAUAAGUUGGAGCGAGAUUUGGCUACGAAUAUUGCUGAGUGUCAGGCAUUGAAACGCAUGUUGGAGUUGGAGCGUAAAGACCGCUGUGAGUUAGAACGCAAAGCUUUGGAAUUAAUAAAACAAACUAAGAACAAAUGGGCAGCUGAGGAGAAGGUAAAGUUAGAUGCUGUUAAUCGGGAAUUAGAAGAGUGCAGAGAGAGAUGUGAAAAGCUUACCGCCGAAAUAGAUCAACUCAAUGAGCAGUUGUUGAAAGCUGUUGAAAAGUCCAAUAAGCAUAAGGCUUCUGUUGAAAAUGUUGAAAAACUGCGUCGUUCAAGUGUGGUCGGUCUUGAAUCGCGUUUGGAAAAAGUCACGUCCGAAACUCAAAGUAAAAUUUCUAGCUUACAAUCGCAACUUCAAGACGAAAUUCAAAACAGGCGCUCUAUCGAAAAGAAACUUAUUGAAUUGGAUGAAGCGCACAAUGUUUUACUGAACAAAUACGAACUGUCUGAAAAACAAAACCGCGAGUUGAAGACUAAAACAAAAGAAUCUGAACUUGUUAUUGAGAAUUUAAAGAAAACUGUUUCUAUUCUUGAAGAAAAGUCGGAAGAUUUGGAAUUCCAAAAGGCACGUAUUAUAUCUCUAGAAGAAGACAUAAUUGAGCUCACCAAUAAUAAAACAAUAGAACAAGAACUGGAAAAAGAAAUUCAGAAUAGUGCUGUUUUAAAAAAACAAGUUAAAGAUCUCAAGGGGGAGUUGAAUAAUAUUCGUUCAUCAAAACUGUCAUCAAUGGAAGACUUGAAGAAACAAUAUGAGCUUGAAAGACAAAAGUAUGAGACGGAAUUGAAGCAGAUUAAGGAAGAGAAAGCUGAGUGUGAAAUAAAGUUACAGGAAGCCAAUUUAAGUCUCAAGAGUAAAGAAGAGAAAGCAAAUACUUUGGAGGAGUUGUUGACACAGCUUCAAAAUGAUUUAUCCAAAUUAGAAUCUGGAUCUGAACGGGAAAUUGUCUUACAAGAACAGAUUGAACGUUUGGAGCAACAACUAGUUGAGGUAUCAGGGGUGGCGGCGCUUGAAAAACAAGAACUAGUUACGUUGAAAUCCAAGUUCUGGCGUUUGGAGAAAGACAUUUUGAAUGCCGACUUAGAUAGGAAAAUCGUCGAGCGUGAUUUGAAGGAUGAGCAAACAAAAAACAAAGAAUUAAACAUGCAGAUCUCCGAUUUAGAACAACUCGUUACCAGUAUUCAGAAAUCUAAAGACGAAGCUGUUAGUGAGUUAGGUGCUUUAAAUGAUAAAAUGGCGUUGGAAGUUGAUAAAUGCAAACUUGAACUCGAAAAGUUGCAACUUAAACGUGACCAGCAGACCCUAAAAGAAAGAGAAACAAUUGAACAAGUUGGUCAUCUACAAAAUGAUCUACAAAACAAAGAAUUGCAGAUUUGUUCACUGCUGGAAGUUGUGGAUUCACUAAAAUGUGAAAAAUUGGUGCUUGAACAAAAAAUGCAAGAUGUUGUCGACGAUAAGAUUAAGUUAAACGACCAAAUGACUUAUAAAGAUAGAGAAUUCAAUACUAUUAAAGGAGAAUUAGUAAAAACGCGUGCUGACUUGGAGAAUUCAUUAUUGAAUCGUAAAGCAUUACGCGAGGCAUGCACUUUGUUGGAAAAUCAAUUGAUAGAAUUUGAAACACUGCUUGACAAGUCAGAAUCAAAACGCGCCGAAAUGCAAACAGAGUUAGAACAGUAUCAAGAAACUCUCGUAAAAAGUAAACAAGAUGUUCAAGAAGCGCGCAAACAAUAUAAUGAAGAAAAGUCACAUAAACUCUUGGCAGAAACAAAAGUGAAACGUUUGUUAGAUGAUCUUGAACAUCAACAGAAAGAAAUCAACUCAUUCCAGGCCGAAAACAUUGAAUUUAAGAAAUACUCCAAUGAUUUAAGCGAUGAGUUGAACGUAUUAGAGGUGAAACUUCAAGACCAAGAUUUAACAAUCAAAUCAUACCAACGUCAAGUAGAAGAUUACGUCGCGGAAAAUAACUAUUUGAAAGAAGAAAACAGCGAACAACUAACGUUCAUAAACAGUGUCAAAGAAUCAAAUUAUAACUUGAGUCAGAGAUAUUCUGAAGCUCAGCUAAGUAUCAAGGCUCUAAUGGAGAAGAUGAAUGAAUUAGAUGCUCUCUUGAAUGAAAAGACUCAAUACAUAAAUGAACGUGAAUUGAAGGCGCAGUCAACUAUUCAACAACAGACUAAACUCAUCGAUUUUCUACAAUCUAAAGUGGAAGAAAGCGGAAAGAAAAAGAAGACCCUUUCGGAUAAAAUAUUCGGGCAUUCAAAGAAAGAAAAUGUCCCGCCAUUGUCCGUAGCAUUAAAUUACAAGGAUUUAGAAGUGCAACUUGCAAAAGAACGCGAGCAAAAUAAGCAAUUGCAUCAGGAGAUCAUCAAGUUGAAGGCAGACACGUUCAAGAAAAACGAAAACGAUAUUAAACUGGAUGCCAUCCGGAGUUUAUCUGUACAAGAGGAUAUUUUAGCUCAGAUUGUGCACAGUCCUACUUCACAGAAGAAUGAUUUAUACCGACAGAAUUCUAUUCAAAGAAUGCAUCAUAAUAUUCCGCACAGGUUUGAGUCAAAACUUUGUACAAAAGCGGUUAAAUGCGCACAAUGUUCCAAUCAGAUUCUUCUCGGGCGUCAUAUGAGUGUGUGUCGUGAAUGCCAUGUUGCUACUCACACAAAUUGCGGUUCUUCGUUGCCAAGAACUUGUGGUUUACCGGAAGAAUUUGCGCUACAUUACUCUGAAAGUUUGAAUAAAAUACAUUCGGGAAGUUCAAUAAGUAUUAACGGAUUGAAAAAGGAAGAAAUUAAUAUUGAGGGAUGGGUAAAAAUACCGAAUGUACCUGGGGGAUGGGAAAAACAUUACGCAUGUCUUACUGCGACCACCUUAUGUGUCUACAAUGAGCCACCAAACGUGGAAGGGGCAAAACCCAUUCAAGCUCUCAAGUUGCACCGGGCGAAUGAACAUGGCAAAGUGAUUUUAGAGCCGGUGCAUUCAGAAAUUCCUGUACAAACCGCUAACAGCGAUCUUCCCUUUGUGAUUAAAGUCGAGACAAGUCCAAACUCAACAUGUUGGCCAUCACAGUGCAUUAUUUUCAUGACUUUGAGCAUUGAAGAUAAAGAAAGAUGGCAUGCAGCUUUGCAAAACAUUUUUAAGUGUAAUGACAAAAAUGGAGAGAUUCUGCUUUAUGACACCGAAGACAUGGAAAUUAACUGCGUUGUAGAGCUAACACAUGAUAUCAAAUUGCUUGGAACUGAUUCCGGUUUGUUUACUCUUCAAAAAAACAAGUGCAUUCAAAUCUUAGGUCCUUCAUCAGUGAGUGAAAUUGUUGUCAUAGCUGCAAUCAACACUGUGGUCAUGAUUGCCGAAGAAAAUCGCACAUUAAUUUGUUGCGAUUUCAAACACUUGCGUACUUUAUGCGAUUGUGCACCCUGCACGAAACCAACACUUAAAUAUCGCGCAUUAACUGUUAACAACAUGGACGGUUUUCAUAUUCUGAAAUCAUCCGAUUUCCAACGUAACAAGUUUAUUUGUGUCGCUUCAAGUAAGAAACUCGCGAUAUUAAAAUAUGAUUGCGUCAAGAAUGAAUUCUUACCUCAAAGGAUUCUUGAUACAGCCCAACCAGCGAGUUGCAUUUUGUUUACUGAGCAUUCAGUCAUCAUUGGCGCUGAUAAAUUCUUUGAAGUAGAUCUGAGUAGUUUUGAAGCAGAUGAAUUUUUGGAUGCGUCUGAUUCCAAAUUAUCGCACGCGGUAAAGUGCUUCCAGAUGCAAUCAUUCCCUUUGUCGAUUCAUUAUAUCACCAAGCCCCCGAAUCGCAUUGAAUACUUGGUGUGCUUCAGUGAAUUUGCAACUUUUGUUGAUGAAUAUGGUCGCAGCACACGUAAAAACGACAUUUGUUGGACCUACAUGCCUAAGGCAUUUUAUUACGCAAAGAAAUAUUUAUACGUGUUGCAAUUUAAUGCGGUGGAGAUUUAUAAACUAACAGAAAAUACUUGUAAUGGAAACGAAAACGAAGCGCUCCAGCUUAUGAAAAUUGACUUGCCUAAUUCUCAAUACUUGGGCGAAAAUCAAAACGGAGUAUUUGUCUCAAGCGGAAAUCAAAUUAAAUACAUUGAUGCGCAUCAAUUUGAUGAUUCGCUGUCAAUUUCUACGGAGACUUCAGCAAAUGAUGUUGCGGAAUCUGACAGGUUUAGUUUUACCAGCUCGAUGAUCCAGAGUUUAGAUGGUAAUGCUAGUGAUGAGAAUGAGGAUCAUUAUGUAAAUCGGAGGGUGAAGUUUACAGAUUUGUAAUUUUUUACGCCUUUCUUGUAUUUUAAAAAGUUUACCUGCACAUUGUAUUAAUUUUGUACUUAGUUGCAUUUCAGUAAUUGUACGUUUUUGCCAUUUUUAUCAAUCGCUAUACUGCUUUUUUGACAUUUAUAUCUUUAAACAAAUGUUAAAUAAAUGAUUUACAAAG